UAUGUAAAUUAUACAUAGAAUAUAUUUGAUAAAUGAAUGUACAUAUCUACGUAGAUAAUUAAAUAUUUCUUAUGUGAUAAAACGUGAACACAACCAAGUUUUCGAUUUAGUAUUGAGUGAGUUUGUCCACAAAUCGUUAAAUACUUACUUCUACAACAAUGCUUAAGGGUCUUGUCGGAUUAGUAACGGGUGGAGCAUCUGGCUUAGGCCGUGCCACAGCAGAAAUGAUAGUGAAGCAAGGUGGACGUGUUGUAAUAUGCGAUCUGCCUUCUAGCACUGGACAGGGGACAGCAAAAGAACUUGGAGAAAAUGCAGCAUUUGCACCAGUUAAUGUUACAUCAAAAGAAGACGUUCAAAAUGCUUUGCAAACAACAAUGGAUAAAUUUGGUCGCCUCGAUGUGGCUGUCAACUGUGCUGGAAUUGCUACUGCAGCUAGAGUUUAUAAUUUUAAAAAGGAUCAACCUUUUGAUCUUAAACUUUUCCAGCAAACUAUUGAGGUUAAUUUAAUUGGGACUUUUAAUGUAAUCCGUUUGGCAGCGGGUAUGAUUGGUAAGAAUUCAGCAGAUGCAAACGGACAAAAAGGAGUUAUAAUAAACACAGCUAGUAUCGCAGCAUUUGAUGGACAGAUUGGUCAGGCAGCUUAUGCAGCAUCGAAGGCAGGUGUAGUCGGAAUGACAUUACCAAUAGCUAGAGACCUCGCUAAGCAGGGUAUUAGAGUUGUCACUAUUGCACCAGGUUUAUUCCGUACACCAAUGAUGGAACAGCUACCGGAGCCCGCUAUUAAGCAAUUAGAAGCCUCAGUACCUUUCCCAUCUCGUCUUGGAAAUCCUAAUGAAUAUGCCUUAUUAGUACAGAGUAUUAUACAAAAUCCAAUGAUCAACGGUGAAACAAUACGAUUGGAUGGUUCACUGAGAAUGCAACCGUGAAGUUUUUAAGUUUGAAUGUUUUAUAAUAAUAAAUCGGUGUUGAUUUUAUUUGUAUCAGGGAAUAAAAAAUCUGUUUUCA